UGUCCGGACAUUGGCGCGGGGGCUGAAGUAUAUAUGAUGGAGAAGUCCGACAACACCACGGGGAUCAAUCCCCGACCUUAUUCAUCAAAAUCGACUGCUCUUUUACAAUCUUGAACGAAUUACGCUAAAAGAAGAAGAAUCCACGAUGGACACGAACGCAAUUUUCAGAGUUGAUGGCAUCGUCGCCGUGAUCACAGGCGGCGGGACAGGUAUCGGCCUCACAAUGGCGAGGGCCCUGGUCUCUCAAGGUGCCGCCAAGGUCUACAUCCUAGGGCGCCGUCUUGAGGUGCUUGAGGCUGCAGCCAAAGAACAUCCUAACCUGAUCCCCCACAAGUGCGACGUCACCUCAAAGGAAGACCUCCAAUCCAUUGUCGACCGUAUCACUAAGGAAGUCGGCUACGUCAACCUCGUCGUCGCUAAUUCAGGUGUUCUUGGGCCUUCGGUUCGGUUUAACCCGACGCAUUCCGUGUCCGAUCUGAAGAAGAUUCUCUUCGAUGACUUUUCCAUGACGGAAAUGACCGAGGUUCUGCAUGUGAACAUCACAGCUGCCUUUUUCACCAUGUCAGCCUUCCUCGAGCUCCUUGAUGCCGGUAACAAGAAUGCUCUCAAGGGCGGUUUCGGCAAGCCGGACCAGGAAGACAGCGACGUGAUCGCCAUCCAGAGUCAAGUCAUCUUCACAAGCAGUAUCUCGGCUUUUAGCCGGCAUUUUUCCUCGACACCCCCGUACUUGGCUAGCAAGACUGCCAUCAUGCAACUCACUAAGCAGGCCAGUAGCCAAUUGGCUAGACACGGCAUUCGUGUGAACGGAAUCGCCCCUGGAUUGUUUCCCUCAGAGAUUGCUGCUGGACUUAUCGGAGACAGGAAGCCAGAGACUGAAUCCCCUGAUGAUACGAAGUUUAUUCCUGCGAGGAGAUUUGGAGGCGAUGAGGAGAUGACCGGAGCGAUCCUCUACCUCACCAGUCGUUCUGGCAGCUACUCGAAUGGCUCGAUCAUGGUCAUUGAUGGUGGCCGCUUGAGCGCUAUGGCCAGUUCCUACUAGAAGAAUUGUAGUAUAUAUUACUGGUCGCAUUUGGUCGCUGAUUGAGGGAAUCAGGUUGAAUGCUUGGAUAUUAUAUCAUGAGAUCGAUGGAUGCGAAUUUGAUAGAACUAGUCAAGCAACAGAGAGCAGACGCGGGGAUUCUUAAUUAUGUGCCAUUCCAAGAAUACGUAAAAAGACGUGGAAAUCGGAGUUGCCGCAAGCCAUGUCGUGUUCGAUGAUAGUAAGUAGGUGACUUACGAUCAGGCUCUUGAGAUAUAGACAUCGGACAUCCACGUUCUUUGACUACUCGGGCUGACCGAGAUAAUUACAAUACGAA